AUGAGGUCGUCCUUCCUUUUUCUCGCUGUUUUGUUAGAAUGUCGCUCUCCAGCACAAUCAUUUCAAAGAUCUAUUUCUCUAAAUGCUGUGAGGAGCAGAAUCGAGCAAACAGGAGCACUUUUUGCCAACGAAAAGGAGGAUUAUCUCCCUGAGAUCAGUUUUGGUGCAGAAGUCGUUCCCGACGGACAGCGACCAGUAAAUGAAUAUCAAGAUAUGGUGAACGCUCCAUUGUUUGGUUGGGGAAGUAAUGAAGUUGGAGUGAGAGGUCUUCUCGUUCGCCUUUCCAUUCUUUAUGCAGUGGUCUUCGCAGUUGUUGGAUUCCCCAUUGCUGGAGCGACGUUCACCCAGGACGGAUACCUUCUACAGAAGAUUGCUGCUAGCAAUGUUGGCACACUUGGUUUGAUUGUUGUUGUUUUGGUUCGACUGUAUAGUGGAUGGGGGUAUGUUGGAGCACGAUUGCAGAGUAAAGUGAUCGAGUAUGAGGAGACUGGGUGGUAUGACGGAAAUGUCGAACCCAAGACAGAGCCAGAAAUAAAACGAGACAACUUUUUGUAUCAGAGCGAUGUCAAACCAGCAUGUGAUCGACUCAAGCUCCUUACACUGACUUCGGCUGGCUUGUGGGUGGCUUCUUGCAUUUCCUUAAAUGCCGCACUGAAUGUGAAACCUCUCUUCGACGAAUAUGAUCCAAGCGUAUUACAACGUGUCAGAUUUGAUGAGGAUUUCGCAAAGGAAGCGGCCAGGGCUAGUGGGGGUAAGCCGACUUACUGCAAUAGCCGAUACUACAGCGCCGUUGCCGGAGGAAAGGGGUGCUAA